CUAUACCCUGGCAGUCAGUAUCUAUUUAAAAAAUAUCCUAUGUAAACUGAACACUUGAGAACAUUUGUUAAUAUUCUUUAUUCUUUGACUAUUCCAAUGGAAGCUAUAUGAUAUUUCGACGUUUAUCCUUACUACAUGCGACAGAUAAAAGAUUUCUGGGCAAGCUUCAUGCAGAUAGCUAGAUUUACAUAUGUAGACUUUCAGUUUGUUGUUAAAUUUGCAGUGUUUAAAUAAUCGAGUUUUCAGGAUAUGUCCGCUUAUAAGUUGAGUAGUAUCCGGAACCCAGAAUGGGACCCCAAGAGCUCCAACUGUUCCAGCUUACUAUUCAGCUCGGAGGGCGUGGAGCAGCAGCGCGAUAAGUGGACCCACUAUAUUUAUAGGGUUCCCAAGGCACCUUUUGAAGUGCAGCUGGCCAAAGCCCGAGUGGAUCGGGCCAUCGAGCUGGUCAGGAGCAAGCAGAAGGCUGCUUUGGAACAGGCCGAAUUGUCACCAAGAAGUAAAUGCCGUCCACUCACUGCUCUGCACAACUCACCGCGUACCACGAAUCGGAUGAAGCUGGUUAUGGAGACCCGAAUGCGGCCAACGAUCGUCAAAGAGUCAAAGUCGCAAUACAAUCUGUGUCCCAGUUGCGGACUUGUCAAGGACUCAAUUCUGAAUCACCAGCACGCCGAGCAGCGACUCAAGGAGCUACUGGCACAACAUCCCAGUUUGCUGCCGAAACGACGGUAUAGAAAUGCAUCAAACUAUUUGCGCAUGCUAUAA